AAUUUCCUUUAUAUACCCAUUAAAUUUCAACACUCAUUUUACCAAUGAAAGAUAGUGUCAGUAAUUCCCUUGCUAUUGUCCCUCUCUUUUUCAUCUCUCUCCCCGAAAAGAAUGGAGAUUUUUGCAGUGAUCAACUCACCUGUGAUUACAACAUUCACAAUAUUUGCUAUGGUCACAGGGGUAUUGUGGUACUUUUACAAGCCUUAUUGGGCCGUGAGGAAAGUUCCUGGGCCUCCAGCAAUGCCUGUUGUUGGACACCUCCCUCUGCUGGCUAAGUAUGGACCUGACUUGUUCUCCAUUCUUGCUGAGCGCUAUGGUCCUAUUUUCAGGUUUCAAAUGGGCAGACAGCCACUAAUAAUUGUAGCAGAUGCAGAGCUUUGCAAAGAAGUCGGUAUAAAAAAAUUCAAAUACUUUCCCAAUAGAAGCAUUCCUUCUCCCAUAGCUGCUUCCCCUCUUCACCAAAAGGGCCUUUUCUUCACAAGGGAUGCUAGGUGGUCCGCAAUGCGGAACACCAUACUAUCCGUGUACCAACCGUCUCACCUCGCCAAACUAAUCCCCACCAUGCAAGAAAUCGUAAAAUCGGCCACCGAGAAUCUCGACCGCUCGAUCGACCUCUCGUUCUCCGACUUCUCGUUCUCCGACUUCUCGCUCAAGCUAGCCACGGACGUGAUCGGCCAAGCCGCGUUUGGCGUCGAUUUCGGCCUCUCGAAACCGAAACCGAAAACGAACGGCGAACGAGAAAACGGGCACGUGCGAGAGUUCGUGAACGAGCACAUUUACUCCACGACUCGUCUCAAAAUGGACUUAACCGGCUCGUUUUCGAUCGUACUCGGCUUGCUAGUCCCUAUAUUGCAAGAGCCCUUUAGAAAGAUUUUGAAGAGAAUCCCAGGCACGAUGGAUUGGAAGUUUGACCGGACGAACGCGAAUUUGAGUAGUCGUGUGGAUGAGAUUGUAAAAGAGAGGAUGAAGAUCGGUGGCGAUUUUCGCGAGUCGAGGGAUUUUUUGUCGAACGUGUUGAGGGCGAGGGAGCGUGAGAAGGGUGCGGUGAGCGUGUUCAUGGCGGAUUACAUUAGCGCGGUGACUUACGAGCACCUCUUGGCGGGGUCUGCCACGACCUCGUUUACUUUGUCGUGUGUCGUUUAUUUGGUCGCUUUGUAUCCGGAAGUCGAGAGGAAGGUUUUGGAGGAAAUUGACGAUUUUGCCCCUCGCGACCGGGUGCCGGACGCGCAUGAACUUCAUCAUGAGUUCCCUUAUCUUGAUCAGGUUAUAAAAGAAGCCAUGAGAUUCCACACAGUUUCUCCCUUAGUUGCUAGAGAAGCUUCUGCAGAAGUUAAUCUUGGAGGUUAUGUCCUUCCAAAGGGUACAUGGGUGUGGCUAGCUCUAGGAGUUCUUGCAAAAGAUCCAAAGAAUUUUCCUGACCCGGAAAAGUUCAAGCCCGAGAGGUUUGACCCGAAUGGUAAGGAGGAAAAAUGGAGGCACCCUUAUGCAAACAUCCCGUUUGGAAUCGGGCCUCGUGCAUGCAUCGGCCAGAAAUUCGCCUUGCAAGAAAUCAAGUUGUCAUUGAUCCAUUUAUACAGAAAUUACGUUUUUCGGCAUUCGCCUGAUAUGGAGAAUCCUUUGCAGCUGGACUAUGGCAUUGUGCUUAACUUCAGAAAUGGUGUAAAGGUUCGGGCGAUCAGACGUGCAUGAAAGUCGAAAAUGUGCGUAAAAAAAGUUCGUGUAUUUUACUCAAAUAAGGAACAGUUAUACAAUAAUACAAAUUCCCAUCUGUGUAACUACAAAAAUUUCCAUACAUCUCAAAAUGUUUCUGAUCUUUGAAAAGGAUUAAUCUUUAUAUUUAUUUUUUUAUUUCUGGUGAUUUUGUAUGAAUGAAAAAACUGCACUGGAUCUGUUUAACCCAAUGGCAUAACAUAAGCAAAAUCUGGAAAUAAAUUUACCAUUCCCCAUUUGCUAGUCUUUAAAUACCAGUCUCCUCACACAACUUUACACAAAAUUCAUAAUUCAUUCAAACUUCUAAGUUCCAACACAGAAUAAACAACAAGCUGUUGCAAUUGCAAACUCACCCCAUUUAAUUAAUUCCUUGCCGGCACACAAAGAAUCCUCGACUUAGAAUCCAAACCGACCCCAUUUUCUCCAAUGAUCAACUUCUUUUGAAACUGAAACUCAUCCAUAGACAUGGACAGUUGCCUCUGUCCACCUAUGAUCCUCUGCUUUGCCCUAGUUGCCUCUGUCAAGUUCAUGUAAUUCGGACGACUUGUGUUACUCUCCUCUGUCUUAUCCGAAAACGGGGUUGUGUUUGUGAAGAAAGAAGAGGGCGGGCUCUCAUCGGGCUUCAAGAAAUCAGAACUCGGGCUUUCAUGAGAACUGAUAAAUGGAGGCUUGGCCGAUAUUCUCUUGGUGAUGUUGUUUUUAGUGACUUUAAUCAAAUUUUGUUCCUGCAAAGCUGAGAAGUUCGGUUUGGUUAAGGGUUUUGAAUGUGGAGUUGUGUCCAAAGAAGUGGUGUUAAUCUGUGCCAUUAGUCGAUUUUCCCAAGGCUUUGCAACCAUCCACCUUUCAAGCCAGCUCCAGUUAUUAUUCUUGUCCAAUCCAUUGUUUUUCAAUGUGGGAUUAUUGUUGCAGGAUUCAAUAGCCUGCCCUGAUUUCAACUGCCAAACCAAGAGUAUGCAAGUGCUCUUUCUCUCUUCACAGCCCCCACUUUCCUCAAUUGUAUUUUAGCCUUUACUUCUUCAAGUGUUCCUCUACUAUCACACCAUCCUUCCUAAAAAAAUAAAAAAUCCAUGAAUUGCGAAAACAAAAAAGGAUGAAAAAUUAGAUAAUGUUUCGACAAAAAGGAAGUUUGUGAACGAACAAAAAAACCUCGGCUUGUUUCAGCAAAACAUCCUUGUCAUUACGUUCAUCCAGCAACUUUUGAACGGCUUGUCCUUCAACAGACAUUCGCACACGACGGGCCCUAAUUCGGGCCUGCACGCGAACAAGAGCUUGCAUGCACCUAAGAGUUACCGCAGCUUGUUUACGAACCUGUCUGCCUCGGACUAUGGCUUGGAGCCUCACCAAUCCUUUUAAUGCCCUUAAAGCCCUUCUUGCCUAAUGAAAAUCCCCCCAUCAACAUUUCAUUACAAAUUCAAUACACAAAAGCCACCAAAACUCAAGCAGGCAAAGAAAAUCAAAAGGUGAGAUUUUUCUGUGUCACAUUAUAUUAAUCAACUCCCAAUUGCAACAUAAAGAGCCAAGAAACCAAAAGGUGAGAUUUUUUUUUCUUUUUCUUUU